AUGUUGGUCAUCCUACUCAACUGUGUGACCCUCGGCAUGUUCCGGCCGUGUGAGGACAUCGCCUGUGACUCCCAGCGCUGCCGGAUCCUGCAGGCUUUUGAUGACUUCAUCUUUGCCUUCUUCGCGGUGGAGAUGGUGGUGAAGAUGGUGGCUUUGGGCAUCUUCGGGAAAAAGUGUUACCUGGGAGACACUUGGAAUCGGCUUGACUUCUUCAUCGUCAUCGCGGGGAUGCUGGAAUACUCGCUGGACCUGCAGAACGUCAGCUUCUCGGCUGUCAGGACAGUCCGCGUGCUGCGACCGCUCAGGGCCAUUAACCGGGUGCCCAGCAUGCGCAUCCUGGUCACCCUGCUGCUGGACACGCUGCCCAUGCUGGGCAACGUCCUGCUGCUCUGCUUCUUCGUCUUCUUCAUCUUCGGCAUCGUGGGCGUCCAGCUGUGGGCGGGGCUGCUUCGGAACCGAUGCUUCCUGCCUGAGAAUUUCAGCCUCCCUCUAAGCGUGGACCUGGAGCGCUAUUAUCAGACGGAGAACGAGGACGAGAGCCCCUUCAUCUGCUCGCAGCCGCGCGAAAAUGGCAUGCGCUCCUGCCGGAGCGUGCCCACCCUCCGCGGGGACGGCGGCGGCGGCCCGCCCUGCGGCCUGGACUACGAGGCCUACAACAGCUCCAGCAACACCACCUGCGUCAACUGGAACCAGUACUACACCAACUGCUCCGCGGGCGAGCACAACCCCUUCAAGGGCGCCAUCAACUUCGACAACAUCGGCUACGCCUGGAUUGCCAUCUUCCAGGUCAUCACACUGGAGGGCUGGGUGGACAUCAUGUACUUCGUCAUGGAUGCCCACUCCUUCUACAACUUCAUCUACUUCAUCCUCCUCAUCAUCGUGGGCUCCUUCUUCAUGAUCAACCUGUGCCUGGUGGUGAUUGCCACGCAGUUCUCAGAGACCAAGCAGCGGGAGAGCCAGCUGAUGCGGGAGCAACGGGUGCGGUUCCUGUCCAACGCCAGCACCCUGGCCAGCUUCUCCGAGCCAGGCAGCUGCUAUGAGGAGCUGCUCAAGUACCUGGUGUACAUCCUCCGGAAAGCAGCCCGCAGGCUGGCGCAGGUGUCUCGGGCAGUGGGUGUGCGGGCAGGGCUGCUGAGCAGUCCAGCUCCACUUGGGAGCCAGGAGCCCCAGGCUAGCAGCAGCUGCUCUCGCUCCCACCGCCGCCUGUCUGUCCACCACCUGGUGCACCACCACCACCACCAUCACCAUCACUACCACCUGGGCAAUGGGACGCUCAGGGCCCCCCGGGCCAGUCCAGAGAUCCAGGACAGGGAUGCCAAUGGGUCCCGCCGGCUCAUGCUGCCAGCACCCUCGACGCUCACCCUCUCUGGGGGCCCUCCGCCAGGGGGUGCGGAGUCUGUGCACAGCUUCUACCAUGCUGACUGCCACUUGGAACCAGUCCGCUGCCAGGCGCCCCCUCCCAGGUCCCCCUCGGAGGCAUCGGGCAGGACUGUGGGCAGUGGGAAGGUGUACCCCACCGUGCACACCAGCCCCCCGCCAGAGAUGCUGAAGGAAAAGGCGCUAGUAGAGGUGGCCCCCAGCUCUGGGCCCCCCACCCUCACCAGCCUCAACAUCCCUCCUGGGCCCUACAGCUCCAUGCACAAGCUGCUGGAGACACAGAGUACAGGCACCUGCCAAAGCUCUUGCAAGAUCUCCAGCCCUUGCCUGAAGGCAGACCGGGGAGCCUGUGGCCCCGACAGCUGCCCCUACUGUGCCCGGGCAGGCUCGGGGGAGGUGGAGCUCGCCGACCGCGAGAUGCCCGACUCGGACAGCGAGGCCGUUUAUGAGUUCACGCAGGACGCCCAGCACAGUGACCUCCGCGACCCCCACGGCCGGCGGCGACGGAGCCAGGGCUGCGACGCAGAGCCCAGCCCCGUGCUGGCUUUCUGGAGGCUGAUCUGUGACACCUUCCGGAAGAUCGUGGACAGCAAGUACUUCGGCCGGGGAAUCAUGAUCGCCAUCCUGGUCAAUACGCUCAGCAUGGGCAUCGAAUACCACGAGCAGCCAGAAGAGCUGACCAACGCCCUGGAAAUCAGCAACAUCGUCUUCACCAGCCUCUUCGCCCUGGAGAUGCUGCUAAAGCUGCUCGUGUACGGUCCCUUCGGCUACAUUAAGAAUCCCUACAACAUCUUCGAUGGCGUCAUCGUUGUCAUCAGCGUGUGGGAGAUCGUGGGCCAGCAGGGGGGCGGCCUGUCGGUGCUGCGCACCUUCCGCCUGAUGCGCGUGCUGAAGCUGGUGCGCUUCCUGCCGGCGCUGCAGCGGCAGCUCGUGGUGCUCAUGAAGACCAUGGACAACGUGGCCACCUUCUGCAUGCUACUCAUGCUCUUCAUCUUCAUCUUCAGCAUCCUGGGCAUGCACCUGUUCGGCUGCAAGUUUGCGUCGGAGCGGGAUGGGGACACGCUGCCGGACCGGAAGAAUUUUGACUCCUUGCUCUGGGCCAUCGUCACCGUCUUUCAGAUCCUGACCCAGGAGGACUGGAACAAAGUCCUCUACAAUGGCAUGGCCUCCACGUCAUCCUGGGCUGCGCUGUAUUUCAUCGCGCUCAUGACCUUCGGCAACUACGUACUCUUUAACCUGCUUGUCGCCAUUCUGGUGGAGGGCUUCCAGGCGGAGGAAAUCAGCAAACGGGAAGAUACGAGUGGACAGUUAAGCUGUAUUCAGCUGCCUGUCGACUCCCAGGGGGGAGAUGCCACCAAGUCUGAGUCGGAGCCUGAUUUCUUCUCGCCCAGCCUGGAUGGUGAUGGGGACAGGAAGAAGCGCUUGGCCUUGGUGUCCCUGGGGGAGCACCCAGAGCUGCGGAAGAGUCUGCUGCCCCCUCUCAUCAUCCACACAGCUGCCACACCCAUGUCGCUGCCCAAGAGCAACAGCACGGGCCUGGGUGAGGCACUGGGCCCCGGCUCCCGCCGCACCAGCAGUAGUGGGUCUGCCGAACCCGGGGCGGCCCAUGAGAUGAAGUCACCGCCAAGUGCCCGCAGCUCCCCGCACAGCCCCUGGAGCGCCGCCAGCAGCUGGACCAGCCGACGCUCCAGCCGCAACAGCUUGGGCCGUGCCCCCAGCCUCAAGCGCAGGAGCCCGAGUGGGGAGAGGCGGUCGCUGCUGUCGGGCGAGGGCCGGGAGAGCCAGGACGAGGAAAGCUCGGAAGAGGAGCGGGCCAGCCCUGCGGGCAGUGACCGUCGCCAUAGGGGCUCCCUGGAGCGGGAGGCCAAGAGCUCCUUCGACCUGCCGGACACACUGCAGGUGCCCGGGCUGCACCGCACAGCCAGUGGCCGCAGCUCUGCCUCUGAGCACCAGGACUGCAAUGGCAAGUCGGCUUCGGGGCGCCUGGCCCGGGCCCUGCGGCCCGAUGACCCCCCACUGGAUGGGGAUGACGGCGAUGACGAGGGCAACCUGAGCAAAGGUGAACGGAUCCGAGCCUGGGUCCGGGCCCGGCUCCCUGCCUGCUGCCGUGAGCGAGAUGCUUGGUCUGCCUACAUCUUCCCUCCUCAGUCAAGGUUCCGCCUCCUGUGUCACCGGAUCAUCACCCACAAGAUGUUCGACCAUGUGGUCCUUGUCAUCAUCUUCCUCAACUGCAUCACCAUUGCCAUGGAGCGCCCCAAAAUCGACCCUCACAGCGCUGAACGCAUCUUCCUGACCCUCUCCAACUACAUCUUCACCGCCGUCUUUCUGGCUGAAAUGACAGUGAAGGUGGUGGCGCUGGGCUGGUGCUUCGGGGAGCAGGCCUACCUGCGCAGCAGCUGGAACGUGCUGGACGGGCUGCUCGUGCUCAUCUCGGUCAUCGACAUCCUGGUGUCAAUGGUCUCGGACAGCGGCACCAAGAUCCUGGGCAUGCUCAGGGUGCUGCGGCUGCUGCGGACCCUGCGCCCGCUCAGGGUCAUCAGCCGGGCACAGGGGCUGAAGCUGGUGGUGGAGACGCUGAUGUCUUCACUGAAGCCCAUUGGCAACAUCGUGGUCAUCUGCUGUGCCUUCUUCAUCAUCUUCGGCAUCCUGGGCGUGCAGCUCUUCAAAGGGAAGUUCUUCGUGUGCCAGGGAGAGGACACCAGGAACAUCACCAACAAGUCUGACUGUGCCGAGGCCAGUUACCGGUGGGUACGGCACAAGUACAACUUCGACAACCUCGGCCAGGCCCUGAUGUCCCUGUUCGUGCUGGCCUCCAAGGAUGGCUGGGUGGACAUCAUGUACGAUGGACUUGAUGCCGUGGGUGUGGACCAGCAGCCCAUCAUGAACCACAACCCCUGGAUGCUGCUCUACUUCAUCUCGUUCCUGCUCAUCGUGGCCUUCUUUGUCCUGAACAUGUUUGUGGGCGUGGUGGUGGAGAAUUUCCACAAGUGCCGGCAGCACCAGGAGGAAGAGGAGGCGCGGCGGCGGGAGGAGAAGCGCCUGCGGAGACUGGAGAAAAAGAGAAGGAGUAAGGAGAAGCAGAUGGCCGAUCUAAUGCUGGACGAUGUAAUUGCUUCCGGCAGCUCAGCCAGUGCUGCGUCAGAAGCCCAGUGCAAACCCUACUAUUCGGACUACUCCCGCUUCCGGCUCCUUGUCCACCACCUGUGCACCAGCCACUACCUGGAUCUCUUCAUCACGGGUGUCAUUGGGCUGAAUGUGGUCACCAUGGCCAUGGAGCACUACCAGCAGCCCCAGAUCCUGGACGAGGCUCUGAAGAUCUGCAACUACAUCUUCACUGUCAUCUUCGUCUUGGAGUCUGUCUUCAAACUCGUGGCCUUUGGCUUCCGCCGCUUCUUCCAGGACAGGUGGAACCAGCUAGACCUGGCCAUCGUGCUGCUGUCCAUCAUGGGCAUCACACUGGAGGAGAUAGAGGUCAACGCCUCGCUGCCCAUCAACCCCACCAUCAUCCGCAUCAUGAGGGUGCUGCGCAUCGCCCGAGUGCUCAAGCUGCUGAAGAUGGCUGUGGGCAUGCGGGCGCUGCUGGACACGGUGAUGCAGGCCCUUCCCCAGGUGGGGAACCUGGGACUUCUCUUCAUGUUGUUGUUUUUCAUCUUUGCAGCUCUGGGCGUGGAGCUCUUUGGAGACCUGGAGUGUGACGAGACACACCCCUGUGAGGGCCUGGGCCGGCAUGCCACCUUCCGGAACUUUGGCAUGGCCUUCCUGACCCUCUUCCGGGUCUCCACUGGGGACAACUGGAAUGGGAUCAUGAAGGACACUCUCCGGGACUGUGACCAGGAGUCCACCUGCUACAACACGGUCAUCUCCCCCAUCUACUUCGUGUCCUUCGUGCUCACGGCGCAGUUCGUGCUGGUCAACGUGGUGAUCGCCGUGCUGAUGAAGCACCUGGAGGAGAGCAACAAGGAGGCCAAGGAGGAGGCCGAGCUGGAGGCCGAGCUGGAGCUGGAGCUGAAGACCCUCAGCCCGCAGCCCCACUCGCCGCUGGGCAGCCCCUUCCUCUGGCCUGGGGCUGAGGGUCCCGACAGCCCCGACAGCUCUAAGCCCGGGGCCCCACAGCCCGCAGCCCACACCAGAGCAGCCUCCCGCUUCUCGCUGGAGCACCCCACGAUGGAGCCACGCCCCGAGGAGGUGCCCGCCGCCCUGGGACCAGACUUGCUGACUGUGCGCAAGGCUGGGGUCAGCCGAACACACUCUCUGCCCAACGACAGCUACAUGUGCAGGGAUGGGAGCACUGCCGAGGGGUCCCUGGGACCCAGGGGCUGGGGGCUCCCCAAGGCCCAGUCAGGCUCUGUCUUGUCUGUCCACUCCCAGCCAGCAGAUACCAGCUACAACCUGCAGCUUCCCAAAGAUGCACCUAACCUGCUCCAGCCCCACAGCGCCCCGACCUGGGGCACCAUCCCCAAACUGCCCCCACCGGGCCGCUCCCCUUUGGCUCAGAGGCCACUCAGGCGCCAGGCAGCAAUAAGGACGGAUUCCUUGGACGUUCAGGGCCUGGGCAGCCGGGAGGAUCUGCUGUUGGAGGCACGCGGGCCCUCUCCGCCCCUGGCUCGGUCCUCCUCCUUCUGGGGCCGGCCAAGCAUCCAGGCCCGGCAGCACUUUCGCAGCCAGAGCAAGAUCUCGAAGCACAUGGCCCUGUCAGCCCUUUGCCCUGGCCCCGAGCCCAGCCGGAGCAAGGGCCCUCCAGAGACCAGAAGCAGCUUUGAGCUGGACACGGAGCUGAGCUGGGUUUCGGGGGACCUCCUGGCCCUGGGCAGCCAGGAGGCGCCGCCCUCCCCGCGUGACCUGAAGAAGUGCUACAGCGUGGAGGCUCAGAGCGGCCGGCGCCGGCCCGCGUCCUGGCUGGACGAGCAGAGGAGACACUCCAUUGCCGUCAGCUGCCUGGACGGCGGCUCCAGCCUCGCGGGCCAGCCGCUUGGGGGACCUGGGAGCCGGCCCAAGAAAAAACUCAGCCCACCCAGUAUCUCCAUAGACCCUCCCGAGAGCCAGGGCGCGCGGCCCCCGGCCAGCCCCGGCAUCUGCCUCCGGAGGAGGGCUCCGUCCAGUGACGCCAAGGAUCCCUCGGCCUCCGGCCCCUCCGACAGCAUGGCUGCCUCGCCCUCCCCAAAGAAAGACGUGCUGAGUCUCUCCGGUUUAUCCUCUGACCCCGCAGACCUGGACCCCUGAGCCCCUCGCCCACUCUCGUCCCUCACCUCUUCCGCCGGGUGCCAAAUCCUAGCUCCUCCUGCUGAGCUGUGUUCCUCAAGAGACUUGGAGGAGGCGCUCCCCCACCCCCACACCUCCAUGGCUCUGGGUCCCUGCAAGCAGAACUUCCAGAGAGUUCCAAGCAGUAGCCCUGGCUGUGGAAGGGAGGCCCAGGGCCACCGAGGUUCCCGCCAGCAGGAGCUGUCGGGAGAAAGCAAUACGUUUGUGCAGAAUCUCGAUGUAUAUUCUAUUUUAUUAAAUUAAUUGAAUCUAGUCUA